UUUCCCCCUCAGUGUGUUAGUGUGCCUCUGUGUGGGUGGAUUACGGCAGAAUUCGACUCUCUCUUGUAUCAUCCUUCAAUUUACUUCCUUCCAAAAAAACUCAGCAAAAGCUUACAGAAAAAAAAAAAAUUAUCGACAUUCUUUAGUUCUAAACUUCGUUCGAUUUUUUGGGUGUCCUCUUCCCUGCAGAAUUUUGUACUUUCAAUCAUGUUAAGUUUUUUGUUGCUGUAUUUGUUGAUCAACAAAUAUGUUUCUUUUUAGUUUCAAUUUGAAGUUUAAGACGGCCGUGUGGUUUUGAUCUUUUUUGCUGUCAAGUUUGAAAGUUUAGAAUGAGCCUCUUUCCGGUCAAAGCUCCCAACACAUUUACGAUUACUUUGCACAGAGAUGGUGUUUCACGUCCAUGGGGCAUAAGAGUUGCAGGUGGUGCAGAUGUUGACACUCCCAUAGUCGUAACGAAAGUUGCCUUCGGUUCCCCAGCCGAGGGUGAGCUCAUGUGUGGUGAUAUAAUACGGAAAGUUGCUGAUUAUGAUGCUCGUGAUUUAAGGCACAUAGAUGUGCAAAAUUUAUUCAAAAAUGCUGGCAGUUCUGUCUCACUGGUUGUGCAAAGGGAGCCAGGAAUUAGUGCUCCAUCCAGCAGAUGUGGCAGUGUUACCCCUAGCACUAUGAAUAGGGCAACCACUCCAGUUCCAGGAGGUGUAGCCACGCCUUUUGCUCAGUGUGGAGUCAGCAAAUCUCCCUUGCUGUCACCAUCAGCCCAAAGGGAGUUAGCUGCAUCACCCCACAAGCUCGAAGUUGAACUUGAAAAAUUGGCUGUACUUGAACAACCGUACCGCACAUCUCCAUUGGUAUUGCCCGGCGCCAAAGUCAAGAAGGACAAACCCUACACAGAGUCAUACUUACGCCACCACCCGAAUCCGGCCAUGCGAGCUGCCCCCGGACAUUACGACCCCUCACAAGAAGUUUUAAUGAAGCAACGAGUUGCUGACACUAUCAUCCACAGAGUAGGACACGAUGACGGAAAAAACAUCGUCAACAAGCAAUAUAACACUCCUAUUGGAUUAUACUCAGAAAAGAACAUAGCUGAUUCUAUUCAAAGCCAGACCGGUCAAGGUUUCGGGCCUACGCCGAGUGAAGAGCCCUCUAGUCCUCAAAUUAGUUACCCAGGUUCUAAAACAAGGUACAAGAAAACUUAUGUCUACAAUCCUGCCAAAUCUGAAACCUACAAAGCCCUCCAAGAAAGUGAACACGAAAAAUUCCAUGAGCCAGCACAACCUCCAGUCCAGCCACCUGUACAGACUCGAGUUUUUUCACCAGUGCAGUCGAAGAGAUUGACAGCACCCACCGCACCUGAUCCAAACAGAGCAUCCCCUCAACCUCACCCAACAGCUCCUCACCCAAAUGCAAACUACACCGGCGUCAACUCAGAAGAAAUUCAUCAGAGCGGCAGCUUCAAGCGUCUGAUGCACAUGGUCAUGACAGAAAGCUAUUAAAAAAAUGAUAGGGUGAUACCGGAAGACAAGAAAAAUACAGAACACUCUAUUUUUACGCUCACUCUACCCGAAACGACAUACACCAAACACUAUGACCUAGCAGUAGGUUAAUUGAUUCCUAAAGUUCCCCAAUUUCCGAAACAUCUAUUUGUAACCUGUAGGAAUCUGUUUUAUACUUUUUAAUUUCUCUCCUUUUAUUUUUCCUGUUUUCCAACUAUUUAUCUGAAACCCGAAUGUAGUUUAGUUCCCGCAAUGUUUGAAAAAAAGGAAAGGAAA